CUUCAGGUACAAACCUCUAAAAUCUAAAGACCAUUAUUAUAUAGCUGAGGUGGAGAAAAUCAACUACUAACCAUGACGUUGUGCACCUUUUUUGGUUGUGCAUUCAUUGCCUUUGGCCCUGCCAUAUCCAUGCUUACUUUAACUAUUGCCCAAGAUCCUGUUCUUGUGAUAGUAGUGUUUGGAAGUGGUUUCUUUUGGCUGCUAUCUUCAUUACUUUCAUCAGUUCUAUGGCUGCUUAUUGGGUUAACUUUAAUGCCACACUCAGUUCAGCUAGUCCUCUCUGUUGUUCUCUCUGUACUCUGUCAGGAGGGGUUCCGAUAUCUGUUGUACUGCGCUAUGAGUGUGUUCAACAAUGGUUUGAAUGCAAUGUUUGAUUCCAAUGCUAUCAAUUGGAAAAUGAUGUCAUAUGCAGCAGGUGUUGGGUUUGGUGUGAUGAGUGGAGUUUUUUCAAUAAUUAAUGUGUUGGCUGAUUUAGUUGGGCCUGCUACUGUGGGACUGAAGGCAGGCUCUGAUAAUUUCCUUCUUGUUUCGGCUAGUCUUGCUCUGUGCUUUGUUUUACUUCAUGUGUUUUGGAGUGUAAUAUUUUUCAAUGGUGUUGAUCAAGUAAAUUUUGCUAAAAUUGCGUGGGUUGUUGUAACUCACCUCCUUGCUUCAAGUCUAACUCUACUGAACACAAGUGGUCAUUACAUGGCAGCAAUUCUGCCAAAUUUUAUUAUAGUUCUUCUUACUGCCUGCAUUGCCUUCCGUGCUGCAGGAGGGACUUUAUACAGCCUGAAGUCAAGCUUUUCUCCACGUCAUGUUGUAACUCAUUUGUAAUUGGAAUGUUAAACUCUUCUUCCCAAGAAGUGACUUAUUCUUUACUGAACUGGUGCAGGAAU